CAGCUCAUUGUAACCGAUUUGUUCAGGAACGCAAUGAUUUCUGAUUACAUGAAGCAAAGAGCAGCGAUCUGUGCUAAGCUUUACUACCGUCAUAAGACAGAAACGCAACCUAUAAUAUUUAAACUCCAUCAAAGCACAAUGUAUUUGAUUUUAUCAUUUUUAUGUAAAGCUAAUGCCAAAGCGACUGUCGACUACAAAAAGUAUUCAGCAGCAGUGAAGAAUCGUGAUUACAAAAGCAAACGCUUUUCUGAUAUCGAUAGUCAUUUUACAGGCUUUUACAAUUAUCGUAAGAGUACAAACUGGAGAAAAAAUCGGAAAACAACGAUCAGAGUGGAAACACCCGUGCCUGAAAAUAGAAAUAAUGAAAAGGACUUCGAUAAGGUGGAAAUAGUACAGUCUGAAGAUAUCGAAGAAGUGGCUAAAGUACCUAAACCUUUUCGUGAAGCAAAACGGAUUUCAUGUUCGAAAACAACUGCUUACAGCUUAUGCUUUUUUGUUUUCAUAGCUAUAAUACUCUCGUCACUUAUUACAUUUUGGAUCACAAAGGACAUUUAUAACCGGCAAUCUCAAAGCCUAUGGUUACAAAAUGACAGUGAAUCUGAGAAAAGCGAGACAGUGAGCGAGCAGCUAGCUAUGGUGGAAGAUGAACUUGAUGCACCUGCUGCUGAAGAACUUCGGCUCCCCAAAAAUCUUAUACCAUUAAGGUACAAUGUAACUAUUAAAACAUAUGUGCCUGGCUUCGCAGAUUUUCAUGAAGGAAAGAAUUUGACUAUAGAUGCAGCUGCCAUCAUUAUAUUCCGAGUUGAAGAGCCGACUGAUAAAAUUGUAUUAAACGCUUAUAAACUAGAAUUUGUUGAUGAUUCAACGAAAUAUAAACUAGCACAAUACAUAGAAAGGGAGCCAGUAGAAUAUGAAGACACUAUUGAAACUCAUGAUGCGAAUUUUGGUAAUGCGACAGCCAACAACGAACAUGAUGAGACAGCUGAUAUUUCAACUAGCAUCCUAGAAUCAAUUGGUCAAUCAGAAGAGUUGGAGGAUGAAACAACGUUGCCCUCUCAUUUUCUCGUAGAACAUGCGCUUGAGCCAAUAGAAAUUACUAAAAUUGUUGUCAAUGAAACCCUUCAAAUGGUAAUUUUCCAAUUGAAUGAGGAGCUUAAAAAAGGAGGCGAGUACCACUUAAAGUUACUUUAUAAAGGUUUAAUCGAAAAAGAAUUUGCUGGUAUUUAUUUGAGUCAAUAUUAUGAUAAUUCCGGACUCAGUGGGUUUGCAACUGUGGCACAAGCGAGACCAAACAAUGCUCGAAGAAUAGUCCCUUGCUUCGAUGAGCCAGAAUUUAAAGCUAUUUGGAAGAUUAAAAUAAUUCAUCCAAAAGGAACUACAGCAAUUUCGAAUGGAAAGGAAAUUCAUGACGCACUUGAGACUGAUGAUGUGAAUUGGCUUUCAACAUCGUUCGAAGAAACAUUGCCUAUGUCAUCAUAUUUAUUUGCGUUCAUUGUCACCGACUUUCCUUUUAAUGAAGGCGUGACGGAUAAAGGAGUUCGAUUUCGAAUAUGGUCAAGAAAAGAAGUUUUAAGCUAUACUGACUAUGCGCUGAAAUCAGGAAUGAAAGCACUUGAAUUUUUCGAAGAUUACUUUAAAAUCGAAUUUCCUUUGAAAAAGCAAGAUAUUAUAGCGUUACCUGAUUUUGCCGCAUUUUCUUCUGAUAGCUGGGGCUUAAGUAUAACUCAAGAGCAAAAUAUUCUAUAUGAUUCGAAUUUAUACGAGCCUUUCAUUAGAAUCCGAGUUCUUCUAACAAUUGCACAUGAAUUGGCGCAUCAAUGGUUCGGAAAUUUGGUAACGAUGAAAUGGUGGAAUGACUUAUGGUUAAAUGAAGGAUUCGCUACAUUUGUACAAUACAUGGGAGCAGAUGCUAUAAGCAGCAAAAAAUUUCGAUUGGAUGAAUAUUUUUUAUCGAAUACUCUCAGGAGGGCACUUCAGCGAGAUGCACGAUCAACAUCACAUCCACUUUUAUAUCCAAUUGAUAAAGCUGAAGACGUCAUUGGAGCUAUGGACAUUAUCACAUACGAUAAGGGUGCAUCGAUUGUCCAUAUGAUCGAAAAUAUGUUGGGAAAAGAGAAUUUUAGAAAAGGACUAAAGAUUUUCCUGGAAAAACAUAAAUUUGCAAAUGCGGACCAUGAUGAUUUCUGGGAAUCCUUUAAUGAAGUUCUACCAAACCAUCUAAAAGCAUGGAAUGGCGAUAAGUUGGAUAUUCGCAAAUUUGCUGAGCAUUGGACUGAGCAGAUGGGAUAUCCAGUUAUUGAGGUUCAUCGACUUGAUGCCCGAACGGUUGAGCUGCAACAAAAGCGUUUUAAGUGGAAUGGUAAUACUCUAGAGAAAAAAAAAUAUCGCAACGCUAAAUAUUGGUACAAAUAUGAAAUCCCAAUUUGGUACCAAAUAAAUUCAGAAGAAAAGCCAAUGACUUGGCUUCAUCAAGCUAAAAGCUUACAAGUGAAACCAAAUGAUUUAUUCAUCUUGAACAGUCAGUCAAGAGGAUUUUAUCGAGUAAAUUACGAUCAUACGAGCUGGGAGAGAAUUCGGCAACAGUUGUUAGAAGACCACACGCGUAUAGACGUCAAAUCCCGAGCACGCAUUAUCGGUGAUAUGUUUGCUUUGGCUCAAACAGGCAUGCUGCCAUAUGAUUUGGUAUUAAAUAUUAGCAAAUAUUUAGUGAAAGAAAAAGAUCUCUUGCCAUGGACUGUCGCUAUGAAGGGUUUUGACGAAAUUUUGAAUAUUUUUGGUGAUGAACCCGAAACUCAAGCAGUUCGAGAUUAUCUGGAAAGUAUUCUUCAACCAAUUUACGAUACAAAUGAUUGGAGCAAACUCGAUAAUACCAAUCCAUUUUUUGAAAACGAGCUAGAAGCAAUAAUUAUUCAUCAAUACUGCAAAAUUCGUGCCAUAAGCUGUAUAAAUCGGUUGGCCGAUAUUUUUAAGCAAGAUUUUCUGGAACAUUGUAAAGAUAACGACAUUAGUAGUGCUUGCAGUCGAGUUCCGAUAGGAAUUCGAAGUAAGGUAUAUUGCGAAGGUGUCAAGCAAAAUGUUGAACAAAUCUGGGAUAAAAUUAAGGGCCUUUAUGAACGUGAAACAAUACAAGUUGAACGUAAACGAUUGCUCCGCGCUCUGGCAUGUUCGCGCGAUCCUAUGGCUCUAAAGACGCUUUUGGACUCGGCCUUGGACGUAAACAAUAGUUUGAUUCUUCUUCACGAUGCGCCUUUCGUCUUCCGCAGUGUAAGCAAAGGAGAUGUCGGAAGGCUUGUUAUAUUCAAUUAUUUUCUAGACAACUGGCCACGGAUAUAUAAUGCACUCAAAGGGCAACAACUAUUCUUGAAAUCGAUAAUUCGAAGUUCAAUUGAUUUGAAGCAUGAACGCGAUUUGGAACAGAUAUGGUUUGAUGAAAAUUUCGAUAAACUCUAUGCAUGGUUUCGGAAAAUAAAAGAACCAUUAUAG